AUGUUCCCUUCUUGGCCUAUCAGAUUCCAACACAAUACCCCAAGAGGAAGCUCAAAAUCAAGAGAAGAAAGUACUACAGACUCUGUGAACACAAUCUCCACCACAAACAGAUUUGAUCAUCAUCAGCCGGAGUCCCCCAUCAGCACCACCAAAGAUCAUCAAUCUUUUCCGGCGGCCGAGCUUAUAAACCACCGUCGCCUCCCGCCGCCGCCCCAGAUGGAAACCGCCGGAGUUUCACAACAGCCACCACCACCGGCCAAACAAAACCCAGAAGUAAAGACAUUGAGACGUUUGGCUCAGAAUAGAGAAGCAGCAAGAAAAAGCAGGCUUAGGAAAAAGGCUUAUGUACAACAGCUAGAAUCAAGCAGAGUUAGGCUGAGUCAACUUGAACAAGACCUUCAGAGGGCUAGGUCACAGGGGCUUUUCUUAGGAUCAGGUGGGGUUGCUAGUGGGAGUAUUAGCUCGGGUGGUGCAAUAUUCGACAUGGACUAUGCGAGAUGGCUAGACGAUGACCACAGGCACUUGUCCGAACUCCGCAACGCGCUGCAGGCUCACUUGCCAGAUGGCGACAUGAGGUUAGUAGUCGAAAACUACAUUGCACAUUAUGACGAGAUUUUUCGCCUCAAAGGAGUUGCCGCCAAAUCCGAUGUCUUUCACUUGAUCACCGGCAUGUGGGCCACGCCUGCCGAGCGCUGCUUCCUCUGGAUGGCCGGUUUUCGCCCUUCUGACCUAAUCAAGAUGUUGAUAGCUCAAUUGGACCCGUUGACCGAGCAACAAGUGAUGGGUAUAUACGGUCUCCAACAGUCGUCUCAGCAGGCCGAAGAGGCUCUAUCUCAAGGUCUCGAGCAAUUGCAACAAUCUCUAAUCGACACCAUAGCCAAUGGCUCGAUCAACGACAACAUGCACCACAUGGCCAUUGCAUUGGGCAAGCUCGCCAAUCUCGAAGGCUUUGUUCGCCAGGCUGAUAAUUUGAGGCAGCAAACACUGCACCAACUGCAUCGGAUAUUGACCGUACGUCAAUCAGCUCGAUGUUUCUUGGUAAUCGGGGAGUAUUAUGGCCGAUUACGAGCCCUAAGUUCCCUUUGGGCAUCAAGGCCUAGAGAGACCUUGAUCGUAGACGAUAAUUCUUGCCAGACGACUAUGGAUCUGCAGAUGGUACAAUCUUCUCAGAACCAGUUCUCAAGCUUCUGA